CCUUUACUCUGUGGUCAUUUUAUUAAACCAUGUGAGAAUUAUUUAAUAACAAAAAGAAACACAUUUUGCAACAUUUAUACUUAUAAGUGACGCUAGUUUAUAUAAACACAUAAAAUGGAAACCGAAAAUAUUAACGUCGACGAGUUUCUGCCAGCAAAAAAUCCCAUCAAAUUAAGUAAUGUUAAAAAAGUGGUUGCGACGGAAUCUGGCGAAGGUAUGGAGGUGGAAGAACAAAAAGUAAUUAAAAAAAAAUCUAAAAAAUUUAAAUUGAAAAAAGUUAAGAAAAACGCUGAACCAAAUGAAAGUAAAAUUAAUAUGAGAAAAGUUGCCGUACCAGCUCACAGAUAUACACCCUUACGAGAAAACUGGUUGAAAAUCUUCACACCAAUUGUAGAACAUUUGUUACUUCAAGUCCGUUUCAACACCAAAUCACGUAAUGUCGAAAUUAGAGUCGGUCCCGAGACUAAAGAUGUCGCAAAUUUACAGAAAGCUGCUGAUUUUGUUAAGGCUUUCCUCUAUGGUUUUGAUGUUGAAGAUGCAUUGGCCCUUCUGAGAUUAGAUGACCUCUUUGUUGAAUCUUUCGAAAUAAAAGACGUCAAAACAUUACAAGGGGACCAUUUGGGCAGAGCUAUCGGAAGAUUGGCAGGAAAAGCCGGACGUACAAAGUUUACAAUAGAAAACGUAACUAAGACAAGAAUAGUGUUGGCAGACUCAAAAAUUCACAUUUUAGGUAGUUACCAAAAUAUUGCACUGGCGAGACGAGCUAUAUGUAAUUUGAUUAUGGGAUCACCACCUUCUAAAGUUUAUGGUAACUUGAGGAAUGUUGCUAAAAGAGUUGCCGAAAGAUUUUGAAUGUAAAUAAAAGUUUAUUUAUGCAUUAAA